CAAAUACCUCCCCCUUUCUUUUCUCACCCUGUUUCCUCCCUUGCUCCCUCCCUUGGUCCCACUCUUUUCGACGAUUCACCGCUGCUCUCGCGUCUCUCGUGUCUCACUCUCUCUCCGUCACUCCGUUUCUCCCUCUCCUGGCUCGCGGCGGUCCCACGCACAUCCCCUCCUCGCGUAGCGGGCCCUCCCCCACGGGUCCGUUGUUCCGAGGCGCGGGCGCGGACACGGACACGGACACGGACACGGCCGCAAGCGCGUUUUCAGAUCCGGUCACUUCCGGCGAAAAGUGAACUGUUAGACGAUGAACCGACGGACCCGAUGAACCUUACCGCGCGAACGUUCGUCCAAGAAGCGGGGGAGGCCAGAGCAUCUCGGCGCGCCUGUCGCCGUCAGUGCUACAUCCACGGGAUAGUUUGUGCGGAGAACGUGAGCGCAGGUGUUUCGAGAUAGUGCACCGUCGCCACUGUCGCUGCCGCCACAACCGCCGCCACCACGUGCUGAACGGAAACACGACGAUCGGUGGAUCUCACGGGCGAUAGACAGCUUAAAGGACGGGAACUUGUCGACCCAUUGACUAUCGCGUACUUAUUGCAAAGCGUAGUUGCUAUCCGGCUGUAAUCAUGCGCUAUCCAUUGAUGCUACAAGCGUUCAUCGCCGUUAUGCAUAUCGUCCCUGAAGCCCGUCUUCAUCGACCGAACGUUCGGGGUAUAUACACUCUACAGGAACACAUUCACGGGCACGAGAUCGUAAUACCGCGGAAGGUAACCCACCGUGGAGAUUUUAUCUCGCACAAUGUGACCCACCACCACCACGAGGAUGGUCCAGUAGUCCACUAUCGGUUCUCGGUGGCCGGUAACGUGUACCACAUCGAACUGAUGGCCGUGGACAACUUCAUCGGGCCUCGAAUGAUCGUCGAAAGACGAAAACGAGACGUACACGUGCGCAGCCGGCCGAAAAAUCAAUCGAGCAAAUGCCAUUAUCGAGGUUUCGUUCACGGACAUUCAAAUUCGCAAGUUACCUUGUCCGCCUGCGAUGGUUUGGCGGGCAUGCUGCGUGGCGAGCACGAGGAGUUCUGGUUGGAACCAGUCGCCCUGUCCCCGGAAGAAGAACGAGUCGGCCUGGAGGAAAGGCUGAAAGACGCCGGCGCCGAGGAGCGGUCUCCGGGAGGCCGAGAACGGAAACUUCACUCGCUGGUCGGUAGGCCGCAUCUCGUGUUCCGUAGAUCCGCCGAGCAGCCGCAGCUCGAAAUCGGCGCCGCCGCGACCGGCCGCACCAGACGCCGACGAAAAAAGAAGAGAAAACUCGAGAGAAACUGUGGCACUCGCGAGCCGAGGAGAUUGACGGAAACGCGGCUCGAAUGGCAGACGCAGCCGGGUCUCGUUCAAGUUCAAGGACGCGGCAGAAGGAAACACCAUCCGACGAAACGAUGGCAGCGUUCCAAGAGAUCGAUCAGCCGACCGCGUCACGUCGAGGCCCUCGUCGUCGCUGACACGACGAUGAUGGCUUUUCAUCAGGACGGCGACGUCGAGACGUAUCUGCUGACCAUCAUGAACAUGGUGUCGUCGCUCUAUCUGGACCCCACCAUCGGGAAUUUCAUCAACGUCGUCGUGGUCAGAAUUAUUCUCGUCGAGGAGGACGAGGCGGAACAAGGGCUUGACAUCACGGUGAACGCGGAGCGAACGCUGUACAAUUUCUGCAAAUGGCAACAGAAACUGAACCCGGCGGACGACUCGCAUCCGAAUCACCACGACGUGGCGAUUUUGGUGACAAGGGAGGACAUCUGCUCGAGGGCGAACACGCCGUGCGGCACGCUGGGAGUGGCCCACGUAGCCGGAAUGUGCCAACCGGACCGCAGUUGCAGCGUCAACGAGGACAACGGAAUCACCCUGGCGCACACGAUCACGCACGAAUUGGGACACAACUUCGGGAUGUACCACGAUACGAAGAAAAUCGGAUGCAGCAAACGCGACGGUGACACGCUGCACGUUAUGACGCCAACGAUCGAGAUGGACACCAUUGGCGUAGCCUGGUCGAGAUGCUCCAAAAGAGACAUCACGAAUUUUCUAGAUCAAGGAAAAGGCGAGUGUUUGGAGGACGAACCGGCGGACAACGAUUACGCGUAUCCGGAUUUACCACCGGGCGCGAUGUAUAAUGCAGAGCAUCAGUGCAGACUUCAAUUCGGCGUUAGAGAGGCCUCUGUUUGCUCCCCCUUGCAGGAGAUCUGCUCGAAAUUAUGGUGCAUCGUUGACGAUGCUUGCACUACUAUACUUCAUCCGGCUGCUCCGGGGACCCACUGUGGAAAACACAUGUGGUGCCAAAACCAAGAGUGCGUGCCGAUCGUGGACAGACCGCGUCAGAUCGACGGCGGAUGGGGCGAAUGGGGCAGUUGGAGCGAGUGCUCGAGAAGCUGCGGCGCGGGUGUCUCGAUCGUCGAACGGAAGUGCGAUCACCCGGAACCGGCGCACGAUGGUAAGUUCUGCAUAGGCGAGAGGCGACGAUACAAAAUUUGCAACACGCAGCCUUGCCCGGAAGGCGCCGCCAGCUUCAGAGCCGUUCAGUGCAGCGACUACGACGGCAAAGAGUACAAGGGAAAGAACUACACCUGGUUACCGUAUUUCGAUCAAACGGAACCUUGCGAAUUGUAUUGCACCGAUACAGAGGAAAGCGUAAUCGUUCCGUGGGGCGAGGCCGCUCUGGAUGGUACACCCUGUAACGUUGGUACCAGGGACAUGUGCAUCUCGGGAAUCUGUCGAAAAGUUGGCUGCGACUGGACGGUCGAUUCCGACGCCACCGAAGACCGUUGCGGCAUUUGCCACGGCGAUGGGACCCAAUGCGAGACAACCGGUGGUAUUUACGAUAAAAACGACGGUUCCGGGUACAAGCAGGUCGUCGUCGUUCCGUCCGGCUCGAGGAACAUAAAGAUCGAGGAAAUCGGUAACAGCAAAAAUUACAUUGGCAUAGGAGUACCGAAUUCCGACAAGUACUUCCUCAACGGGAAACGGCAGAUCACCUUAGCAGGGGAGUACGAAGUGGCCGGGACUCCAGCUUUGUACGAGCGAGAUCGCGAUAGGGAGAAGAUCAGAAUCCCUGGGCCCAUUAAAGAGGACAUAGCGAUCUACUUGAUUUCCAGAAGACAUUAUCGGAAUUUCGGACUACGAUACGAGUACACCGUGCCGAAGAAAGAGCCCGACCGGGCGCCAGAGUACUCUUGGGUAUUCUCCGACUGGUCGCUCUGCACGGCCACUUGCGGGGGCGGCACGCAAAUAUCGAAACCCCUCUGCAACGAGAAAAAGAGCGGAGUCGUCGAGGAUCAUUUUUGCGAGAGUAUCGAGAAACUCGAGCCGAUUUUGCGGGAGUGCAAUCUGAACCCCUGUCUUGCCAGAUGGUGGAUCGGCCCGUGGCAAAUGUGUCCGGUGACCUGCGGGGAGGGGGCUUUGCGGAAGCGAUCGGUGAUGUGCGUUUCCUCGGGGAUGGGUCCUGAUCGUUCGGACCUGGCUCUGCCCGAUCGUGAUUGCAACAGAGACGCGAGGCCCGAGGAAGUCAGCCCGUGUCCCAACUUGCCGCGUUGUGGUUCCACCACCGAAUCACCUUUGAUCGUCUACGCGGACAAUAAGGAUGCUUCCUUCUAUAACGUAAGUUCCAACGAUCAGGACGGUAUCACGAUCGUCGACGGUCUGACCACCGAGGAACCGGAGAUCCUCGAGUUCGACAACGUCGUCGACGAGAACCCGGACAAUUCCAUGUACAAUACCAAAUCGAAGUGGAUCGUUUCGAAAUGGAGCCACUGUUCCAACGGGAAGAGAAACAGAAAAGUGACUUGCUCGGUGCAAGGAGAUUGUAGUCCAGAGACCAAACCGGCCACCGUUGAACUGUGUCAGGGUGGAAGGUGGAUCACUGGAAGAUGGGGAUCCUGCAACGCGUCUUGUCUAGCGAGGCUCGGCGUUAAACACAGAGAAGUCGAGUGCCGCGAUCGUAUAACGGAUUUACUGUCCGACGAUUGCAACCCCGAGAAAAGGCCCAGCGAUACGAGACGCUGUUAUCAGAGGCGGCAGUGCGCGAACGAUAAAUCCGAGUGUAGGGAUACCAUCGUGCCAAACUCGAUGUGCGCAACAUACAGACGCAUGUGCGACAUAUCAUCGAUCGUCCAGGAGAAAUGUUGCGCCACGUGCUUCAAAAAACGCAGACACAACCGACAAAACACACGACACGUUCUUGACGAUUGACUAAUUGACAAAAUACAACAUCUGGAUCAACGAACUUUUAGACCCGCCUGUCGCGAGAGAAAUGCUCGCUUGUAAUUUUCGCGACUCCAGUCAUUCCAACGGUGCAAAUACAGAAAUUACGAUCUGCACGAUGUGUGCAUUUGUGUACAGAAACUCAAUAUAUUUUUAUAUUAAAUAGCAUAGAUGAAUAUUAACUUUGUAUCUAACAUCGUGGAUUUAUUAUUCUGUUGCUGACACUUGUAGUAUAAAAAGUAUCAUUAGCAUAAAUAUGAUGUUAUGCCCUCUGUACUAUUACAGUAAAAUCUUUGCUAUAAAAUACAUUUUCGCUACGAAG